AUGUCUACAGCUGUACAUGGUGAGGAUGGCAAGGGGCCCUUCCAACAUCUCCAUCGGAAAGGCCCCCGGGAUAGAACUUAUUUCCAAUCCGGUGAAAAGGUUAAAUUGUGGAGCAGGGAAAGUAGACAUGGUGUUUCAUUUCAGAACAGAAACAACCGCCAUCUUGAUCGUCAAGGGAAACACAAACACACAAGUAAAGUCAGACGAACUUUGGCGUUUGAUAGUGAUGAUGAUGAGGAUGAUCAAGGUACUGAUUUCAGGAAUGGAGGCUUAGAUUUCACAGACAAAAUUGCAGCAUUAAGAUCACUAAUUAUACCUAUGAAAGAUCCUGUUUCUAUUUUAAAAUCCAAACGUAAUGUUGACCAGCCCACAGAUGAACGAAUAUCAAAAAUCAAUUCCAAUACUUUUACUGUGGACAGCAAAAAAGAUAUGGACGUCAAAGUUUCUAAGAAAGAAGAUGAUACUGCCAGGGCAAAACGGUCACUUCUGAGUCGUAAAGUAGACAAGGAGCUAUCUCGCAUGUCUUAUAUAAAUUACCAGGCUCAUGUACAUAUGAUGGAGAAUAACAUUGAGCACCACCCAAAGGAUGGACGACAAACCCCUCAACGUGAUAUUCAAAAUCUUGUCAACAAAAACACGUCAGUGUCAAAUAUUCUCGAUGAUUAUAUAGAACGUCAUGACAGGAAGAAACGCUGUCAAAAUUUCUCUGAAGGGUUGGAGACUAUUGUUCAAACGGAGGAAGAUGACCGAAUUGUAAAAUCGUCUUCAUGGAAAGCAAACAAACACACCAACAGUUGUAAUGUUGAUGAAGUUGAAAUGAAAAUGAAAAAGAAGGAUGGGAUCAGGGAGUCUAAUUUUCAUGGAAAAUUUGAUCCAAUACAAAAUGGUGACCAUAUUGAUCACAGUAAAAAUAAAUUGAAGCCUAGUCAAGUCGCACAGACAAAUGUCUCCUUAGGAAGUGAUCCGCUCAGCGAUGUGGCAUCAUUGCUCAACAAAGAUGGCGGAUAUCGUGGAUUGAAAAAUGUUCAAAGUAAUGUUCCACAUUACCCUCCAGCUUCGUCCUCACAAGAUAACGAAUCGGGUCAAAGAACAAUGGGUCAUGUGACUAAACAGCAAAAAUUGAGUCCACGCGUGCCAAAAGCAGAUACCAAUGUUGAAAAUUUUGAUGGCGCAUUCAAUGAAAAAAAUAAAUUUGGAUCUAGUCCGGUAGUAGAAACCAAAUAUCAAACAAAUGUGCAGAGUUAUACAGGCUCUUUUCAAACAGGAAAGAGUUACAAUUACGGGGAGAGAACUCCAAGAUCAAAAUAUUCUCCUGAAAAGGAAUUUACUAAUCCUACUAAAAAAUUGAAAUCUGGAGGGCAACAUAUCAAUGGUGAAAGUUUGAAGAGUAAACGCUACCAACAAAAAGGUGACUCACUGCACAGGAACCGGGAUCAUUCGAUGUCAGACUCUUCUAAAGAAAACAUACCUGAUUCUGAUUUUGACAGCGAUGACUACGAUAAUCAACAAAAUGUGGACAUUUGCAGCCAUGGAAAUAUACGAAACGAGAAAAAUUAUUGGAAAGACAGAAAUAAAUCUAGAAAUUUCCGCGUGAAAAAUAAUCGUAGGAAACAGGAGAAGCAGGCCAAAGAUCAUGAUCAUUACAAUGGACUCUCGGAUGAAAGUUUACAGAUAAUACCAGAAAAGGAUAUACCUGUUCCGCCAAGAAAUCCCACUCAGGUUUCCAGAACAACUUUACAACCUUCUUCCAAAAAAUACCAAGAUGCCCCAGAAUCAAAGGUUUCUGACACCAGUCUGUCAGGAUCAGUAUGGUCUUCUGGCAGUCAGUCCAGUGUGAUUCAGGCCGCAGAACUCAUAAAGAGGCUCUAUAGUGCUGAUGCACACACUCGAGAGGAGCUCAUAUUAAAGGCUCGUUUUUUCCGGCGAUGGUUAAAGCUUGUUCGACGUCGCAAGAAAGGAUUCCAUGCAAAUCACAGUGUAGAAGAGACGGAUGAGGGCCUUCAUAAAACAAGUCACAGAGGUUUCAAACAUCAUAGUACAUCCAAAAAGUAUAUGGACUCCUCUUUCACAGAAAAUGUCAUUCACCAAAAACAGAAGUCAACCAACAUGUCCACGCCUGUUGUUAAGUCAGCCGAGCAUUUCCAGGGCACCACACGUGGUGGUUAUAAGACAGGAAAUGGAGAAUAUCAAGCAGCGACUGGUAAUGUGAAUCAAAAGUUAUUCAAUGGUACAGAGUUCAAGGUUGUAGACAAAGACAAGGUCACAAGCAAGGUCAAUAUUGAAAUAGAUGGAGAUGAUCGCAGUCUCGCUCAUACACGUUUACUUCAUAUAGAAAAUUUCUUGGAAGAUGCCCUACAGGAGUGGCAAAAGAAUUCAGCAGACAACGAUGCUCUGAAUGAUAUCGUUGAUUUGAAAUCUGGACUAAACAACAAAGAUGUUUGCCCAGAAUCGGAAGAAAAAAUCUACUCAAAUAUCUCUACAAAGCUGUGUUCUGAUCCACAGAGGAAAAAUUCUUUCAGCAGUAGAGAUGACAAAUUCAAAAAGAGGAAAAGGAAUAGUUCUUUAGAUAGACUGUUAAAAUCUGACGAUAACUCGGUAAAGUCUGACAAAGACAAGAGGAGAGAAUCUCGUGAUCAGAGACAGAACAACUGUGUCAUGGAUCUACGUGUUAGUGACCAUGCUUCAGUAGCUAGUGGUGAGUUUGCUGUGGGUAAUAGUCAACCUUCCAGUCGUCUCAGACAAGGUCUUGGGAGCAAAUUUAUCAAAAUACAGAAAAAGAAACGAGAUUCAGCAGGUUCACUUCCUGUACAGAUGACAACUCCUUUGGACAGUGACCAACAGCUGCUGGACACGGCUAACUAUGGCGUUUGUCUUCAGAGGGCCGAGAUCUUCCUACGAGAUCGUCUUCUGAAGGUAUACUUCAAGAUUUGGAAAAAUCUCACUAUGGCGAAGUUGAAGGAAAGUCAAGCUGAUGCUCUACAUCGAUACCACUCACUACGAAAGGGUAUGAAAGCAUUUUCUUGGGCAAUCAGUCGUUCACGGAUUCAAGUGGACAUCCUCCAGGCACGAAUGACAAGCAUUGUACUAGCUGCUCGCUUCACACAGUGGAAAAAUUUAGCCAUGAAGAACCGUCGGGAACGCCUGGAAAAAUCCUUCAGUAGAUGGCAGUGCUUUACCCUGGAAUCACAAAAGAGAUGUCAAAGACAAACAUGUGUACUUGAGAUAGUAAGGAAACUUAGAUGCCAAGGUGAACAAAAGAUACUACGUAUGUCUCUGAUGCAGUGGCGCACACAAUUCAUCACACGACUCAAGGACAACAAAGCUGAUUUACAUUUCAGAACAACUCUACUCACUGAACAGCUGAGGUGUUGGAAACUAUUCACUAGGGAUGCAAAGGAGAAGAAAUGUAGAGUCAGGACAGCCAGCCUGUUUUUCUCACAUCACUUACAAAACAAGAUGUUUGUCCAAAUGGUGAUGGUCUUCAGGAAGUCUAGCAUUGCCAGAUCACAUCACAGAAAGAGGACAUUGCACAUGGUAUUGGUUGCCUGGCGCCAGGCGUCACAUGUCUGUAAAGUAGAGCGACAACGCGACAUGAGUAUAAGCAGAGAACACUGGCGUAUGGCAACCACAAAACAAAUGUUCCGACAGUGGCAUGACCAGCUACUUGUACAGAGGACACGUACAAACAACAACAGGCGACUCAUAAGGGAUGCCUUCCAUAUUUGGAGGGUAGAGUGGACAAGACUGUUAGCAGAGCGUCUAGAGAAUGAGGCACGUCUGAGACAUGACAUUCUGACCACAGCCCUACAACUAUGGCGAGCAAAUGUGGAACUUCUACAAAGACGUCGCCAAGCUGCUAUUAUCCAUCUACAGAGGGCGCUAGUUCGUCACGUCUUACUGGAAUGGCGGGCAUACACUCACCACAGGAAAGAGCUCAAGAAGAUCAUGGCAGUUUACAAACGCACCAAAGACCAACAGAUACAGCGACGAUGUCUGUCCAUCUGGCGUCAAACAUUUGAGGACAGACUGGACGUACAGAAAGCGAAGCAGUUCUGGUCCAACAUUUGUGUGAGAAAAGCUAUUGUUCAGUGGAAGAAGCUUUGUCACCGCCAUAUGCUGUACAACUUGCUGGAAGCCACUGAGCCAAUCCGAAACUUGGCUCUUAUGAGAGUAAUGUUUCAAAGAUGGUUGGAUGCCAAAUCAAAAGUCAACAGUGAAAAACAAGAAGCCAAUCAGAUGCGUAUGAUUCUGGAACAUUCACAGCUGCAACGAAGCUUCCAGACCUGGUGGAUAGCUACACAGCAACGCCUCACCAUCAAACCUAUGUUGCUACGGCGACAGAGGGCCAUGGUAACAGAGGUGUUUGACAACUGGCGCUGGUUAGUGAAACACAAAGCUGCAUGUAAGAAAAGUAGUGAUCAAUUCCAGACCUGCCAACUACGAUCCAAGUUUUUAAUCUGGAGACGCCAGUAUCAAAUUCACCAGCUGGAAAAAGAUGUGAGUAAAACCACUAACCAAAAUCGUCUGAGACGUUCACUGCAGGGUUGGAGGCUUAUCAUCUCACGCAAACAUGCAGCUCACUGCUUCCACCAGAAGGUGCUGGUGAAACAGACCUUCCUUUACUGGCGGGAGAAAGCCCUUGGACAGCUGGAGAGACGUGUGGAAGCCAAUCAAAUAGAGGAAUAUAAUAUGGCCAUUUUAAGGUCACACUUUGACCUCUGGCUAGCCAAUGUCCGAGAGAAGGUUGUCAAUGAGGUGACCAUUGUAGUAAAGAUGAACCAGGAAAGGACAGACUGCACUCUGAGGAAAUCCUUUUUGUUUUGGCGGAGACAUUUCCGUGCCAUUGUCAUUGCAAGAGAGAACCAGGCCAUCCUCUGUCGUAAACUUCAGCUUCAGGCUCUACAAGCAUGGCACCAUCUCACACAGGCCAGGCUUCAUGAUGCUGUACAGAACUUUGCUGCGAGUCUGGGCCUGCAGCCACCAAGUGGAGAUCACAUGUCCAUAUCGUCGGGUGUUUAUGAAUAUGGACUGUCUCCAAGUAGUGACAUCUGUCCGUCUCCACGGACAGACUUUAGUGAGAGGAAUGACCCCUAUUUGUCACCAGGGACAGGCACUCCCAGGAGGAUAGAAGCUUACUACUCCUCUGGUGGCCCAGGAACACCGAACAGAAGAUUGUUCUCACCCUCCCUCAGCCUUUGGAAUCUGGACCAAGACAACAUCACUACAGACUUGAACCUCCGACCUACUCUGGCUGACAAGUCUUUCCUUGAUACUCGGUUUGCUAUGGAACAAGCUGUGAAAACUGAAAAACUCAGGACAUUGGUUUUCCAUGCUGUGAAGAGGCUUAGAUUUUGGCCAAUAAGUAUUGCGUUUGAUCAGUGGAAGGAAUUCACUUAUCGUCAACGAGAGCUGAAAACAUUAUCCAAUCAGCUGCAAGCUUACAUAAGGGAAGCGAAGAUGAGGCAUGUUUUGCGGAUCUGGAGAACAGCCCAAACCAAUAACAACAAAGCCAAACAUUUCAUGGAAUCAUCUCUGAAAGUAUGGGUGUUUACAACUCUGUAUGAAAACAAAUGUAGAAGCAGACAGAAAAAACAGUUAUCUGCCCUUGCCCAUCAUCACCUGUCCCUGAAGGUGUUUAGAAAGAUAUUUCCAGUUUGGUAUGAGAAGGCAAAAGAGAAACGCCACCAGGAGCAUGUGAGUCACCUGUGGGCUAACUUGACUCCAGAAGAACAAACUCUGCUACCCUUGGAAACAGAGGUCAAGGGUCGUAUUCAGAAAAAGACUUUGCGAAAAUGCUUUGCAGUGUGGAACCUCAAGUUUCAACAGAUCUAUAGGCUGAAGAAAGCUUUUAACAAAAUUCUACUUUGUAGGUAUUUAGAGAAAUGGCGGCUUUGGUCACAUCUCAAACGAGAAAGGAGAGAGCAAUCAGCCAAAUUCUCUGCACACAGACUUCAGAAACAGGUGUUUUGCAUGUGGCGUUUGCGUUAUCGACAGCAGUCCCAGGUGGAACAACGUCACAAGACUGUAUGGGAAAAUCACCUGGUAGAAGUCAUUAGGGGAUGGCACAGGUGGACAGUAGCUGCUAAGCAGCACCGCAAUAUAUCGAAGUUGAUCGAGAAAAAACUGCAGCUCCACCUAGUGGUGAACACAUUCAUGAAGUGGAGAUUAGAGACAAGAAAGCAGCAGCAGAUUACUGUUUGGUACCAGACACGACUGGCUAUAAAGGUUCUAUACAGCUGGCAUCAAGUUACUCUACAACAAAAGACAAGGAAACGCCAAAUUUUAGACUUCCGUGUCAGAAGCUAUACUAAACUGGUUGGGAAGCUCUUCCAUACCUGGCACAGUUACUAUAUCAGUAGACUACAGCAACAUCAGGAGCAUGAGAAAGUUGUACGUAUGCGGGCACUACAGAUUGGCAGGAAGUGGCAUCGAAAGGCACAGACCACCAGGGGGCACCGCCUACAGCAACACUUCAAACAUCGUCAGUUACAGACAUGUUUCCGUCGUUGGAGGUCCUGUUAUGACCGUCACCUUGAGCGUGAGGACAUGCUCGCCUGCCAUAUCGCCUACAAAGAUCAGCAGCUUGUCAGUCGCUAUCUGACAUUCUGGAGGACGUCUGUGAUGUGUUGUCAGGCUGGGCGCAUGUUUAACACCAAGCUCAUCAGCACUGUGUUUGUAGAGUGGCGUACCUUCACAGCAGAGGCCAAGACUAGGCGUGCUAAAUGUGCAGUGUUCCAGCAGGCUCGGCAGCAAAGAAGUGUAACAGUACAGUUUCUGUAUUGGGUUCAUGUCACACGUGUACGUCGGUCUAUCCACAAUCACUUCAACCUCAAGCUACAAAUAAGGGUGCUUCGAAGUUGGGCAGUAGAAGCAAGGCGACGCCGUAAACUAAAGCUUCUAAGUGAAGUGAUGACUGCCCGUGUCAAUCGUCGUGUUGUCAUUUCUGCCUGGUACACCAUGAGGGAACACUUUGAUUACUACCAGUCCCUCACUGACAUGUGCAACAAGGUGGUGAAGGACAAGGAUCUAGGCUGUUUACGCCAUGCUCUUGUUAAAUGGAGAGAGAGACUCAACAGGGUCAUUGCUGGUCACUGCUACCACCAUAUGCUGGCCCGUCGUGGGGUUCGCAUGUGGCGCCGCUUUGUUUACCUCCGCAAACAGGAGAGGCAACACCAACAAGACCAGGAGAAGAAGGCAGUGAGGCAUCACAACAGACAUAUAAGUCGCAUGGUCCUGUAUGCAUGGCACAGUGAAAUCCUGAUUGUGCAUCAGAUACAGCGCCAUAACGACCGACUGUCACAGAAAUAUGGACGACUGUGGAAACUCCGAGUGGACAUGAUGUACACUGCAAAGAUCCUGGAAAAAGAAAAUUUGUACAAGAUUUGUUGGCGACAGUGGAGAGUACAGUUUGCUCAACAGCUUGCUGUGAAAAGGAUGUACAACUACAACAAGAAACACUUGUUAGCUCAGGUGUUUUUGGCAUGGAAGAAUGUGAGCCUGAAGAGGAAACCUGUCAAAUAUCUGACAUCAUCACCAAUUCCAUCGUCAAUCCCGGUGCUGCGUCUCCCCAACACUGGUCUAAGUUCAGGAGAAUCAACUCCAACGCCAAGUCCGCGUCCAACUCAGAUUCCAGGGCCAAUGAGUGCACGAGGAAGCUCAGGGUCAGGGGUCACAGGGUCACGGCUAAGUCAACGAAGAUCAUCUGUGCCUGGUAUUAUUCCCAUAAGGAAAAAUUAA